GUGACGCACUUGUUGCUGCGGUGACGGGCUUGUCUUGCUGAUCGGACGGUUUCGCUCCCAUUCCCUUUCGCUUUUAGCACCAUCAUUAUGUCCGGCGGAGGCGGAGAGUUCGGAAAUCCCUUGCGCAAGUUUAAGCUCGUCUUCCUGGGCGAACAGAGCGUUGGAAAGACCUCUCUGAUAACCAGGUUUAUGUAUGACAGUUUCGACAACACUUACCAGGCAACAAUUGGAAUUGAUUUCCUGUCGAAAACAAUGUAUUUGGAAGAUCGGACGAUCAGACUCCAGCUGUGGGACACCGCAGGCCAGGAGCGAUUCCGCAGCCUCAUUCCCAGCUACAUCCGUGACUCGGCUGCUGCUGUUGUAGUGUUUGAUAUUACAAAUUUGAACUCUUUCCAACAGACUUCAAAAUGGAUUGAUGAUGUACGGACAGAAAGAGGAAGUGAUGUCAUCAUUAUGCUGGUUGGGAAUAAAACUGAUCUGGCUGACAAAAGGCAGGUUUCAAUGGAGGAGGGAGAGAGGAAAGCCAGGGAACUGAAUGUAAUGUAUAUUGAAACCAGCGCUAAAGCAGGAUAUAAUGUCAAGCAGCUUUUCCGACGUGUGGCAGCUGCUCUGCCUGGUAUGGACAAUGCACCUGAAAAGAGUAAAGAAGACAUGAUUGAUAUCAAGCUGGAAAAACCACCAGAACCACCAAUCAACGAGGGUGGCUGCUCCUGCUAAUACUGGCACAAUCAAACUGUUCCCUAUUGGCCAGCAUCACCAAUUGCAUUACAGUCAUUGACUAGCCACCUUGCAACUUCUUGGUGGUUUGCUGGCUUGGUAAUGUGUGAACGUGCUGCUGUAAUCACACCAGGAGCUUCUUCAUUCAGAAAAUUCAAUUUCAUUUCCUUCAGCUGCAUGGUUUAUUUAAGAUCAGAGAGCAAGUUUGAUUUAAUUAUGUUAUGUAUUGCACUCUAACACUGAGCGAUGCAGUCCUCUACAUUGUACAGAAAUGUGUGCACGAUGUAAAAUGUUUGUGUGAAUAUGCAAAGAUGUUGCUGUAUCAGGUUUUCAAAAAAAGGAAAAAUUGUCUAUUAUGAGGUGUAUGAGCUGAGGUGCUGAUGCUGCUUUGACCAGAGUGACUUUUUAUGGUGGAAAGGAGAGGAAGCACCAAUAUAUCCAGUGAGACUCCUGAUAUCUCUGAGUAAUGUCUUAAUGUGUUGCCUUGGGUGAUCUUUGAUGAGGUGAAGCAACCUUCUUGCUACUAUGUGGUGCUAGAACAGAAUUGAUUUUCUACUAUUGAAAGCCAGUAAAGCUGCAUUUCUUUUGCUAUCUCUGGAUGUGUGUCUCAGCUCAUGUGCACAACCGCGUGGAGUUCAAUUGAAAGAGAGCAAGUGCAGUGGCAUAAUAUCUGUUUAUUUAAAAUUGGAAGUCAGUUGAUUAUCAUUGGGGAAAGCAUCUGAAUAUUUUCUUCUGCGUAGUCCCUCAGAGCCUCCUUUGCAAGUAGAUGGUGAUUAUGGCAUUGCACAAAUAGACAGCAUCCAACUUCAGUACCCAUGAAAUAAUUCAAUCAUGCUUUGUAAUUUAAAUUGUGGUGCAGGAUGUGAUGGCUGAUAAGUACAGUGUGAUGUUUUGAUGGUUGCUGUUUACUGAAUCUAUUUGGCCAAUAUCCUAGUGAAGAGUAGCCCUUUCAAAUGGUCCCCGCAGGUUUCAGGUUCAACAUGAAUUGGUGCUUUUACAUUCUGUGUUUUUCUAAGUUAUUCUAACUGUAAAAUGCUGUCCCUUUUCAGAUUGUCACGAGAAAAGUAAUAGUCAUUUUCUGGAAACUCUUAAUAAACAGCACUAAAUUCCUAGAAAUACCUUUUGGUUUGGCCCACUGUGGAGAGGUACAUUAGAAUUUUAUUCAUGGGUCAGGGUGUCCAUGUAACCGGAAAAUGCUUGAUGGCAAUUUUGUACAUUUAGCCACAUUGCUUAAUGUUUCAGACUAAGUUGAGUGUUUCUGAAUAAUUUUGCUAUAGUUCAAAGGAAGUUGCAGUCCCAGAACUCUUGACUAAACCGAGUUUGUGUUAGUAGUAGUUACAGCUUAUUGCACCAGACUCCUUCGUGAGCGAGCAGUUUACGGAAACUGUCCUGCAGGUGAGCCACAGUUAAUUAGUUUUCAAAGUCUCUGGGUAUUGUGCAGCUCUGUACAGUGUUUGUACUUGCGAUAACAAAAAGGCUGCAAAGUGUAACUGGUGCUUUGGAUUUAGUAGGGGUUGAAGCUUGUUGUUGUUGCUGCACGAGCACCUGAAAUCUCUGUCCAUUAGCGAGCUCAAUUCCAUCAUUAGCAAACUCAAUUCACAGCAUCAUAUUUAUGCGAAUCCUUUGUUUUAAUGGAAUACAUAAAAUCUUAAAUGAAUUUGUUGGGAACAGCUUUUUGGUGUAUGUACAAUUUUGAACUGACAUCUUAAACCACAAUUAUUGGCUAUAAAAUUGCUGUAAAUUUUGAUGUGACCUUAUCCUGCUAGAUUAAAAUGUUCAUGUGAUGUUGUGCAUAAUUACAUAAGCACAUUGAUUUGCUGUGUUACUACUGAUUUGUAAAGCUUAAGGUAGCAUUUUUGUACCAGAGACGUACCCAGAAAUGCAGAUUAAGCAUUCUCUGGGCAAUGUUGUUUGUGUUCAUUUAAACAGCUGUUUAGUGUGAAACUUCAACCAAAUGGGGAGGUAUUAAAAUAAACGUGAUGGUUGGUGCUAACUCAUCAGCAGACUUAAAAUUAACUCUUUAUAUCCAGCAGUAUACUUUUUUGUAUCAAUAAUUUGAGUAUGUGCUAUUGCUGUAUCUUUUUGGAAGAGCCUAUUAUAUUUAAUGGAACUGAUGAUUAAUGCAGGGUUAUUUGAUUCCAAAACACAUCGUAUUUUUUCCCAUUUGGGAUUUGACUAGAAUGGGAAAAACUGAGCAUAAAUAGCUGGUCUGUACGUUUCUAGAAGAAGUGAUGUGCUGUGUUCAGACAUUCUGACUAGGUCCUCUGAGAAACAACAGCAAUCACAAUAAAUCAAGCAGGAAUUCACUGUGGCUCACUUGAAACAUGCCCUGCAUUUCUAAUCACACUUUUAAAAUAAACAAUUUACCUUUGUUCAGAAGGAUAGCAACAUGAGUGAGGGGGUCAAGUUUGUUGCUUAGUGAAAUACUUCAUUUGAACUUGCCAUGUCUAAUCAGCUUCAUUUGAGGAUGUGUGUGUGCAAGGUUGAAGUUGUAACUGAUAACCAAGUGUGGCUUUCCUGUUUGUGAUUACAAUAAUUAUUGGUAUUUUAAUGCAGCCUGUGGAGGCCAGUAAUGAAGGAUACUCUCUUGAAUAAUUCAAAAACAGUCUAUUACAAUGGAAAUAUUUGCAGACAAGUGCUGGGGCCUCCUCCAUCAGUGGUGUGUUUUUUUUUUUGAAUAUUUUAAAAAAGUUGUCUUUUUGUUGUAAAUACUUGACAGUUGUAAUGUUCUCAUGUCUGUGUAUGCAUUUAUUAGAUUAACAUCUUUGGAAAGGCAGUAAGACACUAAUCCACUUGCCUAUACUGAAGUUUAUACCCUUUAUCAACUUAGAUUAGUUCAGCCUGUGUACCUGUGUCUAAAGUCUUUUGCAAAGAUAAAUAUCCUGUCACCCAAACCGUUCACUAACACAUUAAUUAUUUAAUAAAGAAAAUAUUUGUCUUCAUGUUUCCAUCACUAAAAUGGUCUCAUUACAGCUAGUUAUUAGAAUAUUUGUGUUAAGGUACCACCUCCUGUUGUAAAGUCACUUCCUUGUAUUACACACAAUAAAAUGAGCCAUUUCACCACUUA